AUGCGAAUACCUGUACUCUAUCAUGCUUUUCUGAUUUGUGUACGAACUGUUGAACAUAGUGAUCCAUCAUUACUUAUUGAUAUUGAUCCAAAAUUAACUAUUAUCGGACUUCAUCCUGUUCCAUCAGCAAAUGAUAUCACAAGUCCAUUAAAUAUCUUACCCUCAGCUACAACUAAUCUGUCUUCAUCAGUUGCUAUUUCUAAUGAAAAAUCUAAAGAUGAUAUUCAACAAAAAAUUCAUCCUCUUACUCAACAUCGUAUUCUUCAUCGUCGUAUACAAAGUGAUCCAUUAUUUUUAGUUUCAAAAGAUUCAAUUCCUUUCAAUCGUUUACGUGUUACAUCUCCACCACCAGUGCUAAUACAUGAUGAAAAUAAAACUAUUCCAAGUAUAUCCUAUUUUCAAUCCGAUGAAUGUGGUUCAUAUGGAUCAAGUUAUGAUUCUCGUGGAGAUAUAUGUGAACAAAAUAAACAAACAAAAUUAACUUUAGGACAAUCAACAAGACCUUUUUCAAAUAAUCGACAGUCAAUAUCAAGUGAAAUAACAUUAAUUGAUGAAAAAGAUAAUAAAAAUGUGUUAUCUUCUACAGCAAAUAAUGAUGAAUCAAUAAUUUCAACGAAUUCAACAUCACCAAUGGAUCAAAGUUUUACAACAUCAACAACUGAUUAUCAAACUCGAACUUCACGUCUUCCACAUUCAUCAUUAUUUUGGCCACGAAAAGGUCAAACAUUAGAUAAUUAUAUACGUGAAUGUGAUCUAAAAACUCGAACCGAUGUUGAAAAAGAAAAUGCACAUUUUUACUUUAGUGAAGCAAUUAUAUCGGCUAUCGAACAAAUUAAAUUUACUCAACAAUGUAAUAAAUAUUUUGGUCAAUCAUGGUCAUCAUCAUCAAUAGCUAGUAUGAUAUCACCAUGUGAAACAACACAUGUAUCGUCAUCAAAUAGUAGUUCAUCACCACCAACACAACAAUAUAUACCAUGUAAUUUAAAAUUAAUAUCAGAUCAUCAAAGAAAAAAUUCAACUAUGGAAUUAUCACAAUGUGAUCAAAAUUCUGAAAUUAUGGAAUCAACUACAGAUUCAAUUGAGCCACCAAAUAAUUUCGAUUGGUCUGUUCGGAGUUCAGUAUUAAGUUUAAAUUCACAAGAAUCAUCAGCUGAAUCAAUAGCUUUAGCGCUAAUGGAAACAUGGAAAAAUUAUAAAGUUCCAACUGCACCCGAACUCUUUUGGAUGAUUCCACAUGAUGAAGAUUUACCACAAGAAUUAUUACCACUUCCAGAUGGUAUUUCAAUUGAUCCAAGUGAAGAUUAUCUUUCUAAUGAAGACGGUCAAAGAAUUUUGUGUCGUGGUAAUAGCCAAUGGGCACCACCUCGUGAACAAUUAAUCUUUCAUAUUCAUCAACCUGCAAAUCGUGAUAAUCAACUAAGAAAACAAAGUUAUCUAUGUGCUGGUUGUGGGCGUCAUGUUGAAAAAGGUUAUGCACAUCGUUAUCGAUAUUGUGAAUAUACUGGCAAAUAUUUUUGUCGCAGUUGUCAUUCUGAUAAACGAUCAUUUUUACCAUCAUAUAUAAUAACAAAAUGGGAUUUUUCAACAAAACAUAGUGUAUCAAAUUUUGCAUAUGAUUAUUUAAAUCGUAUAUAUAGUGAACCAUCAUUUAAUAUUGAUGAUCUUAAUACGAAAUUAUUUGAGAAAAGUAAACAAUUAAGAUUAAUUGAUGAAUUACGUUGGUCACUUUUCUAUCUUCGUCAUUAUAUUUUAACAUGUCGUUUUGCAAAAGAAAAAGGUUGUCAACAAAUACUACAGAAACUAUCAUCAUACAUAUAUUCCAAUCCACAUAUGUAUUCGAUACAAGAUUUAUUUAAAACAAAAUCAGGUGAUUUAAUAAAGGUGCUUGAACCAAUUGUAAUUAAUUUACGUGAACAUGUACUUACAUGUACAUUAUGUUAUGCAAAAGGAUUUAUAUGUGAAAUAUGCAUGAAAGAAAAAGAUAUUAUUUUUCCAUUUGAUUUAGAAACAACAAGUGUUUGUCAAGUUUGUCAGUCAUGUUUUCAUUAUCAAUGUCAUGAGCAUAAGAAAUAUCAUUGUCCAAAAUGUCAAAGAAAUAAAACUCGAAGUAGUGUUACUUUAUCAAAUCGAAGUAAUACACCGACGAAUAUUCAACAAGACGAUGAUGUAAUUACAUGA